AUCUUAAACUAAUCGGGGUGAAAGAAGGAUGCUUUUCCAAGAGGCAGGAUUUCCUCUCCUGGCUUCAAAGUUCUACAACAAACUGGAGUUUGCUGUGGAUGAAGUCAUCGAUGCGGAACGUGGGAGUGACCCGAAACAGAUUCUGAGCCCCUGCUACGAGGGUCGCGACAUUGAACUACCGGUGUUGACAUUUCAUUUCACUUGUUCUGACGUUGUGUUGCAGCUGUAUAACACGUUUGCUAGGUUGGAGGAAGAUUUGGCGUGUUUCGCCAUUUGUGGCAUGGGGUGGUGUAG